CUCUAUGGUCCCGGUCUCCAGCUCCACAGUCCUGCAGCUCUAUGGUGCCUCUUUUCCGUCUUUAUGGUACGGCCCGGUCGGCUCUCUAGGCCUCUUCUAUCUCUGUGGUGACGGUGGCCGAGGUGGCCGGCAUAUCUGAAUAGAGUGGCGGGAGCCGCUCCACUUCCUCCGCAGUUUUCUAGGAGCUGCAUCCGGACGCUGCGCAAAGGAGCAUCCCUCGGGGCCGAAUGCGCCGUGGACCAUGCCCCUCCUAACCCAGCGGAUCCCAGACGAGAAUGAUUACUGCUUAGUGGCCAGCCUUGACAACGUCAGGAACCUCUCCACUAUCUUGAAGGCUAUUCAUUUCCGAGAACAUGCCACGUGUUUCGCUACUAAAAAUGGAAUCAAGGUUACAGUGGAAAACGCAAAAUGUGUACAAGCAAAUGCUUUUAUUCAGGCUGGAAUAUUUCAAGAGUUUAGAGUUCGAGAAGAGUCUGUUACUUUUCGAAUUAAUUUAACUGUCCUUUUAGACUGUUUGUCUAUUUUUGGAUCAAGUCCUGUGCCAGGGACUUUUACUGCACUUCGGAUGUGUUACCAAGGUUAUGGUUACCCUCUGAUGCUGUUUCUAGAAGAAGGAGGUGUGGUGACAGUGUGCAAAAUCAAUACUCAGGAGCCUGAGGAGACUCUGGAUUUUGAUUUCUGCAGCACCAAUGUCAUUAAUAAAAUUAUUCUGCAGUCAGAGGGGCUCCGUGAAGCAUUCUCCGAGUUGGAUAUGACGAGUGAGGUCCUGCAGAUCACCAUGUCUCCAGAUAAACCUUAUUUCAGGUUAUCUACUUUUGGGAAUGCAGGAAGCUCCCACCUUGACUAUCCCAAAGAUUCUGAUUUGAUGGAAUCAUUUCACUGCAAUCAGACCCAGGUCAACAGAUACAAGAUUUCUUUACUGAAACCCUCUACAAAGGCAUUAGUCCUGUCUUGUAAGGUAUCUAUUCGAACAGAUAACCGAGGAUUUCUCUCAUUACAGUAUAUGAUUAGAAAUGAAGAUGGACAAAUAUGCUUUGUGGAAUAUUACUGCUGUCCCGAUGAAGAAGUUCCUGACUCUUAGUCUUCAGUAUGGUGGUUCACGCAUUAUUUAUGUACACAUGCGUAGUAGGUCAUGUUCUCAUGCUGAGUGCAAUCCCUCCGUGACUUCCUGUUAAGAUUUUUGAAGGGGAAGAAGCAGGGAGGAGGAGCAGCACAGUCCCUUUCCCGAUAGUUGCUGAAGGUUUUGUCAGUGAUGUUGUCGUAGAUUAUCCAGUACUGGACUAGUCUGUGGUUCUGUCUUUUGAACUCACGGAAAUUGUUAUAAGUCAAGGUGCAUAAGUUUUAUGUGUUAUUCUACUUAAGUAGGACAUUCCAAGAGUAUAAAAAUUUGAAGUUUGGUGAAGCCAUAUCAGAAAUGUUGUUUUAUUUAUUUACUAUGAGAAAAAGCAAUAGCAUAUGGACAUCACUUCCCAGUUGGAAUUCUGGAGACUCUGUCAUAAAGCAGUGGUUCUCAGAGUAUCAUGCCUAGACCCCCUGGAAACUUGUCAGGAACUCUGGGGGCGGGGUGAGCAAUCGUAGUUUAAACAGCUUCCCCCAUCUUCUCCCCCGCCACCCCCGACAUUCUGAUUCUUGCUAAAGUUUGAGAACCACUGUUUAAAGGAUAUUUUUUUUAAAUAGCAUUUUAAUUGUAUUGAAGUGACUGCUGUUACAGGUGAUGCCUUUGCAAGUGUUCUGAAGUUUAGGUGUCACCAAACAUGUCUAAAUAAUUAUAUGAUUUAUUUACAUUUUGAAGGCAUCUAUGAACAUGAUAUAAAACAGUCUUCAGAAUUACAGAUUUUCAUCUUGUUCUGAAAACCAUUCAUUGUAGUAAGUACUUAUGAGAUACGUUCUAUUUGCCUAUAAGAAUUCCUCAACCAGGGCUUCCCACGUGGCUCAGUGGUAAAGAAUCCACCUGCCAAUGCAGGAGACACAGGUUCCAUCCCUGAUUCUGGAAGAUCCCACACUCUGUGGAACAGCUAUGCCCGUGUACCACAGCUGCUGAGCCCGUACUCUAGAGCUUGGCAGCUGCAGCUGUUGAGCUCAUGUGCCCUAGAGCCUGUGCUCUGCAACUAGAGAAGAGCUUGCACGCGACGAAGACCUACUGCAACCAGAAACAAAUUUUUUUUUUUUUGGAAAUAAGUUUCUCAACCAAA